AUGGCAGGUUCAGGAGACUCAUGUGGCAUAGCUGACUCUUCAAUCGUUUCAUUCAACUCCUCUCUUUCUGCAGAUGAAAAUCGAAUUUCACUAGGUGGUAGCGGUGAUAUAACUCCUUCUUCAUCUUCUUCCGACUCCAAGGUUGAGCUGUCUCCAUCAUCAUCACCCAAUAAAAAGUCUUCGUCUUCACCACUUCCCACAAAAUCAUCCUCAUCAGAGUUUCCUAAAGCUUCAAGAAUAUCCGAUUCGUGCAACAAAACACGUUUUGAUUGCGCUCGCAAAGGGGGAGCUAAGGGGCCACUGCCUUGGGCGGCAGAUUUUAGAUGGCAGCGUAAUGGGAGAGAAGAGUUAGCUGCUGCUAUAGGAAAAUACGCGCUGUUCUUAUCGUCGAUACUUAUCAGUAGCAGUGGAACAGUAGAGAAGGAGCUUGCAAUACUGCUUAGUUAA